UGCACAUUGCACACUGAGGUUUCGGUGACCACUGACCGAAACAAUUUAUAAAUUACCGUAUAGAAAUUCGUCUAUUAAAAUAUUGUAAAUCGGCUGACGUAAAAUGCCAACCAAAAUCGCUUUUUCGUAGUUGAAGAGGAACAUCGCACAAACGGUGAUGGUGAAAAUGGCAUUUCGCACCAGUCGAACAAUACAGAACCGGAGCGCGCGCAACAGCGCGGGCCGUCUCAAUCACUCCGUCGAUGCGGGACUCUUAUCCGCCGUACAUCCAAACUUAGUCGAUCGCGAUGACGAAGAUUCUCAUGCGACGCUGAGUUCCGACUCGGACAGCUCCUCCGACUCCGAUGGCGAGUCGACGCGGUUGUCGGGACUCGAGGCGAGCUUCCGAGUCGUGUCCGAGUCGAUUCAGAGAAUGGAGCAAGCGGAGCUGGAGAUGGCCAAGGCAAGGGAGGCUCUGCGGCUGAAGGCGGAGAAGCAGCGGGUCGAGCUGGAGACCGAGUUGACACAGAUGCUGCUGCAGACUCAGUUGCAGAUCGCGUCGUUGGUUUCUCAGCGGCAGAGUCGUCCGAGUCGUAAAAGGAAGCGAGUCGAAGAAGACGAGCCGUCGUCGGAAGGAGCUUUGGGCUUGAGCCUCCUUCAAUGCAAUUUACUAUUUUAGUCAUUUCAUUGGUGCCAAUACGACUCUCGAACUGCAGAGGGCUGGCAAUUAUAGUCCGAGGAUGGAGUAGACGGAGUUGGAGAUUGCCAAGGCGAGCAGCGGUUUGAGCCGGAGCGCGAGUUGCCGAAGUUUCGAUUGAAGAUUGCAAGCGACUUGAACAAGAUAAGUCAUCCUUCAUGUCUUACGGCCAGGCCGAGUUCUUUGCAUUGGUUCAGUCAGUGACUUGGGGGAUCAAAUUUUGUAGAUGAAAUUUACUAUUUUAGUCAUUACAUUGGUUAUAUGCUAACUUGUCUGCUAAAAUUUGGAGCGCGUAUAAAAUUAUCAUGGAUAUAUAGCCUUUUAUAUGCCCAUAAAUAAGCAUAUCUAUGAAAUUAAUCAACUACGAGCCUGCGCUUCUCUGUGCUGGAGUCGGAAUUUUGGGGUGUUGGCUGUGCGGAACUGAGUAAACCCUUCUGUCGAUUCCUAGCACUCUCGAUGUAAUGAUGCAGAGGUGGAAGACGGCCUUGUUCUCCAUCUUUGGGUACUUGUCCUCGGAUUAUCUGUCAAAACCGUGAAGAUGAGCGUGCCAAAACUACGGUAAGAGAGAGCGAGAGGGAUAAGAAGAUGACGAUAUUCUUUACCUUUGAUGCCCACGACCGCUCAGCUUGUUGACAGACAUCUCUAAUAUCCCUUCCAGACAUUCUGAAAACAGGAGGACAAGAAAAAGCAUGAACUGAUAUUACAAUUUCAAAACUAUAGCAUUGUUAGAUUGAUAAGCUAAGGAACGAUAUAAUUGUACUCUGUAGCAUAUAAACAUAAAAUUAAAGUUCAUUGACCCAUAAAAA